GGGACCGAACUUUUCCGAUUUUGCCAAAAAAAAGUACCGGUGAAUUGUCAUGCGACGGUUCAUCCCGUUAAGGUUACGCCCACACCACCCCACAACUCAUUACGUCACGCCAUCGAUCCAUUUUCCAUCUCUUCUCAUGUUCUCCUCAGUUCCCGAAAGCAGGAGCAUCAUUUUGUGAAGCCCGCAAGCCGACUCCGCAGGCAAUAGUCAAGUUGUAGCGUGUUCUAAAGUAGUUACAAAAGAGUGGUUUGAGGACAAGAGAGAGAGGAGUUGAGUUAUUGCGAAGCUGGAUGGAAUGUGAAUAUUUAUUGUGAUCGUCUGCCGUGACAGUGAGAUCGUUUUCCAUAUAGGUUGCUAAAAUAUGUAUCGCUGGAUUAUUGUGGUCGUUUUAAUUCUUGGAAUCAGUAAGACAAAAUUGAUAAAUGCGAGCUGUGAUAACACAGAUAUGAUGAAUUGCCUAACAUCAACAAGGCAGUCAGCCAGCGAAGGGCAAAUGUUUUUUCCAGACACUCAACAGAAGUUACGAGAUUAUUGCAAGAACUUGAUGAACGGAUUGGAAUGUGCAAGACGAAUUAUUGAUGAAUGUGUAAAUGAAGAAGAAAGAAGCAUGUACCAUAAUUUAACACGUGAUAUGGUCGGGAUGAAUGUUGAACUUUGUACACCAGGAUCUUCUCUGAGCAUGAGUGCAUGAAUAUAGUAGCUGCAUGAGAAACGUUGUCGAAAAUCGCUGCGAUGUUGAUGCUCAAAAACUCGUCGAGGAAACAAUAGUAACAGCUCUCAAGCAAUCUUUUGGAUACUGCAAACAGCUGGAAAGCAAUCCGACCAGAAACUGCUUACGUGAAUUUUCUGCCAGCCAAGGACACGCCACUGGAACACUGGAAGAUACCGAAAACGGCAGCAGCAUUCUUCAGACGCCACUGAUUCUUCUUUUACUAUUAAUUUUGUUUUCAACAUUCGUUGGUUCCUGACUUUGUCAAGAUUCGUUAACCUGGAAGAAAAAUAUUUCGAAAUUGAUCUAGAGGUUUAAUAAAUGUUCACUGCUCUUAGGUUGGCGAUAUUGUGAUGGCAAUUCAGAUACUUUGGCGUGAUUGACAAUGGAUAUUUUCGAAGCGUGUUGAGAAGCUACAUUCCAAACAAUGGAGAAAGGGCUUUCUUUAAUGUGAAAUAAUGAAUUAAGAUAGAUAUUUUUGUGGUAUUUUGGAGCUAAAAAAUAGAUUUGCUAAAUCUGUAUAAAAAAAAAUCUUUUAUUGAAAUCAGCGUUUUACUUAUUGAUUAAAUCAGAAAAAGGUAUAGCCAUGUUAUCAACAGGUGCUUGGUUUUUACAAUAUGGAUUUAUGAUAUAAAUUAUUUAAGAUAUUAGAUGAAUAUUGUUUCCUUACUAUGUAUGAUAAUUGCAGGCGUGUAUUAUAUUGUAAAUUGGUUGUAUUGAAUUUAAAAUCAUCAUUUGAAUAUAAACUUUUGAAUGUUCUUAAAUGGAUAUGAAAUAUUUAUUCAUUUUUUAUUGAUACUGAAUUUUUUUAAAAUUUUCCUGGAAAUACUUGCAUUAAACUACAUAUUGACAUG